AUGGAGCCCAGUACACCACCGCCGGUCUCACCCAAAGGCGACGAGGAGAGCGUGGACGAGAACAUGCAUGAGGAAGAUGACGAUCCGGAAGACGACAUGGGCGACCCAUUGGAUUCAGCGCGAGGCCGGGAGAGGGAAAGAGAGAGACAGCGAGAGAAGGAAAAGGCCAAGGAGGAAGAGAGCAGAAGGGAGAAGGAGAAGCGGAACAAGUGCAGGAAGAAGAGUUCGCAGAAGAGCAUCGAGGAGCUAGAGCGACAGAGCGUGAAGUCCCCACGCGCCAGCGCCGACGACCACAACACGACGCCCAGGUCGUCUCGGCGGGAGAAGCGGAGCGACAAGACCAGCGGAGCUGACGACAAGAAGGGGAAGAAGGGCAGCAACAAGGGGAGCAACAAGGAAGAUACACACACCAACGGCAGCGAUGACAAGCCCAAACGAAAGAAGGGCUCGUUUUUCCAGCGCAGGAACGACGACACGACGACGCAGGCCAAGCUCAGCGCCAGCCAGACGCAGAGCCUCAGGACGGGCGGCGGCGGCGCCGAUGUGCUCGACGUCGACGACGGGAGCCGCCGAAACACGAUCGCCGGCUACCGGCCCGACGACAAGAAGGCGCGGGAUCGAAACGGCGGCGACGACGAAGACGAAGACGAUUCGAGUGACAACGAUGGUGGCAUCGGUCGCGGGCUGCAGAGGAGAUACGCGCUCCAGGACAUAUUCGUACCGAACCACUCCCAAAUCGCAAUCACAUCACUUUCGAAUGACUAUCACAUCUUGUCGGUGGAGGCGAUCGAGGCGCGCUUCCGCACGAGCAUCCAACAGGGACUCUCCACCAUGGACGCCGAGCAGAAGCUGGGCCGCAACGGGCCGAAUCAUCCGACGGUCAAGAGCCCCACGCUCGACAUCGACGAGUUCGCCACGAAGAAGGUGUUGGUCAGGCGUGAUGGCUAUCGCAAGGCUAUCGAGUCCCGAGAACUGGUCGUCGGGGACGUGGUGACUCUGGAGACGGGGCCGGUCUUUGCCGACAUGCGGGUGGUGGGCAUCAACACGGUCGACUUGCUCGUCGACAAUUCGAUGAUCACUGGCGACCCCGAGCCCAUUCCACGCCAGGUGGACAUGACGACAGAGAACUACCUGGCGAGCGAGAAUCUCAUCUUCUAUGGCACCUCCAUAGUCGAUGGCGAGGGAACGGGCAUCGUCGUCCGCACGGGUGAUGGUACGCUGCUGGCGCGAAUGAUCAAGGACAACGAGAGCGCCAAGCUGAGAAAGGAGGGCGGACCCAAGGCCAAGAAGCCCAUCAUGAAGCAGCUCGCCAAGAACGGCCUCCUCUUCAAGGAACCCAACGCUGCGAGCCGCUUGGGCCGAGUGACGACUCUGGUAGUGGACGCCGCCGGUGUGCUCACGGAGAACAAGAGCUCGGUGAGUUACAUCAUGAUCGACAAGGAGAUCCGCGAGGCCACCUCGACCCUGCCCGAGGGCGAGCCCACGUUCAACGCGCUCCUGCGGGCCUGCGUGCUGGGCUGCAACGCGUUCUUCCAGGUGCCCGACGGCGUGAACAAGACCAAGCUCAACAUCGACCACCUCGACGUCGAAGAGUGGGACAACACCAGCGGUGCGCUCCUGCGCUUCUACGAAAAGAAUCCGACGCUGGGCAUGAAGCGACGAGACGACGCCUUCUGCAGCGAAAUCAUGCGUAAUGCGUGGGAGAAGGUGGCCGAUGACUUGAACGACUGCCACGUGAGCGUUCACCGGUGGGCGAAGGGUCCGCACGUCGGUGGAGAAGAUGAGACGAAGGCCGGUUUUCUGGCGGUGUUGACCGGUCCGCUCGAGGUGGUACUGCAGCACUGCAGCACGCACAUGCUGCUGGGGCAGAGCAAGAAGCUCGACAACACCAGCAAAAAGGAGAUCCGAGAGCAGGCGAUGAUCCUCCAAGGCUACGGUGAGGUCGUGGUGGCCUUCGCGCAGCUGCCGCUCAAUAGCAGAGACUACCCGCACGACUUUGAAUUCGACUUUUACACGCCCAACUUCCCCCUGAAAGAGCUGUGUUUCCUCGGCCUGGUGUCGAUGGGGUCGCGCGUCUACAAGACCAUCCCGUCCGCGAUUGAACGCUGCAAGCUCGCCAAUAUUCGAAUCAUCAUGGUCUCCCAGGACUCCGCCCCGGCGGUGAAGGUGAUGGCACGGAAGAUGGGUCUCAUUACCAAGGAGACGCCAGAGGAUAUUGCCAAGAAGGAGGGGGUGAUGGUCGACGAACUGAACCCGGAGAAGCUGGAGCAGGCCAAGGCGAUCGUGCUCGACGGCAGCCAGAUGGCGCUCAUGAUGGAGGAGGGCCUCUCGCACAUCAUGAGAACCCACGACGAAGUCGUCAUCUCUGGAACGGACGCGAGCCAGAAGCUCAAGAUCGUCAGAGCGGCCCAGAUGAUGAGAAAGUCGGAGGUGGUGGUCGCCACCGGCGCGCAGUUGGCCGACUGCGCCGGCCUGGCCGUGGCCGACGUCGGCAUCGCCGCACCGGGGAGCGUCGAGGGUGUGCAACAGGCGGCGGAUGCGAUCAUGACGGGCGGGGCGCUGGACUCAAUUCUCGACGCCGUCGAGUUUGUGAGGAAGAAGGGCGAGGGCGGUGGCUGUACUCUACAGUGA